UGUACAUUUUUAUAAACGUACCGAAGUAAGAAAUCAUGGCUGGACAUUUUCAGUCAGUGGUAACCACAACACUGCUCGUAUUAGUAAGCUCUGGAGAUAGAGAGGUUUCUGCCGAUUGUCCUUUGCCGUUACCCUGCGAGUGUAAUGGAAAUCAACAGAUAGUAUAUUGUAGCAACAAAAACCUAUCCUCACUCCCACCCAUUCAAAAGUGUGAAGGACAAUGGACGUUUUUUCUAGAUGGUAAUGGGAUUGAGACAAUAUCUGAUCAUUAUUUUUAUGGUGUCGCGGUCAAUUUUCUUAGUUUAGAAAACAAUGCGAUUCACUUGAUCGGUGAAAAUGCUUUCAAUGGGAGCGAGGACACAUUAAAUUAUUUUCAUCUUGAAAACAACAAACUGUCAGAGUUACCAGUCGCGAUUGGAAAGCUUCGGCAAUUAACUGCCAUUUCUAUUCAGGGGAAUCCCCUGACUGAUUUGUCAGAGAGUGUGGUGAAAAAUUUAUCCUCUUCCCUUCAGUUGAUUAUUUUUGGGUCCAAGUCCAUGACAAGAUGGCCAAAGAACAUGGACCUUCUCCCAAAUUUAUUUUCAAUUGAUUUAUAUGACGUACAAUUUCCAGAGCUCCCCGACGAUGCAUUUUCCUUGUACCACAAGAAUCUGACAUUUCUUAACUUUUACAAUACUGGGUUAACAAAACUACCAACCUCCAUCAAUGACUGCAGGAAAAUUUCUACGAUGCCAUUUCAAAGAAAUAAGAAAUUGUCAGCUAAUGCCAUUACGGAAUCUGUUACCCAUGGUUUCCCCUACCUAACAUCGAUAACAUUCCAGGACAACGGGUUAACAACUCUUCCAUCCAUCUUUUCAAAAUCAAAUCACAUAGGAAGAAUUUCUGUUGAUAAUGAGCCAAUAGAAUAUCUUCGCGGUGACACCUUUCCGCCCCACUUGAGCAAUUAUUUGCACUAUCUGCCAAUCAAUGGCACACAACUUACCCACGUGCCUCCAGUUUUGUCAAACUUAGACUCCCUAACAAGCCUAGUCAUCACCAGCAGCCAGAUUUCUGAGAUUCAAUACGAGGAUUGCAAUAAACUGUUUAACAUAGGAACACUUUUCCUGAGUUAUAACCCGUUGUCUCAGAUCUCUGAAAAUGCGUUUCUUAACAAUAAACAACUUGGUUUCAUAGUUUUGGAUCACACCAAUCUAACGUCAGUUCCAAAAGCACUUCUGAAAGCAGAGUCGCUACAAACUGUGGAUAUGACGUCAUGUCCGGUGGAAUGCUCCUGCACGAAUCUUGACUGGAUGAAGUCGUGGAAGUCCAUCCCUACAUUUUAUGGAACAUGCAUUAAUCUGAAUGGGACAAGUUUAAUGAGCUACAUACAGAAAGAAAUUCCGCAUUGCCCAGAUAGCAUUUAAAUCUCUUUUAUCAUUUUCUACAUAAUUCGCAGGGAACUUUGUAAUUUCCAAUGAAUCUAUAAAGAAUGCGAGACAGAGAAUUCUGGUACAUGUUUUGAAUGCAUCCUCAUCUACAAACUGUUCUUUACAUUUCAUGUACACUUAUCAGAUUUAGUAUGUUAUGCAUUGUUUAAAAUCUUUAUCAUGAUAUCGUAUAUAUAUAUAUGAAGAAGAGGCAAUACUUAGAACUAGAUAGCAUGCCUAGGUGUCUAGUAAGAGGACAGACGAACCUAUUUAUAUAUGAUUCAUUAUAUAUUACCCGAUACAAAGUAGAUUUAGAGUAGAGCAUGCCUAGGUGUCUAGUAAGAGGACAGAUGGACCUAUUUAUAUAUUAUUCAUUAUAUAUUACCCGAUACAAAGUAGAUUUAGAGUAGAGCAUGCCUAGGUGUCUAGUAAGAGGACAGAUGCAUUAAUAAAUCAGGUUUGAAAUGA